UGCACAGUGCAAACUAGUAGACUUAGGUAGAGAGACGCCUUUAGUUGACUACUUUUACUUGUAUGGUCUCUGAAGAACCACAGAUUGAGCAACGGAAGAGACUACAUACAUUCAUGACUUAUCGGAGGAGAGAAUCCGUGAGGUAUGUUACUGGGAAUCUUGGGAGAUCUUCAACCAUGCUAUCUCUAACCGAGAGUUCCAAGAAUGUUAUAGGACGUAUCAACAAAAUGUACAAGGAGAUGAAAACCCUUGAAAACUGGAGGAAGAUUGUCCUGUUCGUUUGCGUGGUUGCUUUAGCCUUUGAUCCUUUGUUUUUCUUUAUCCCUGUGAUUGAUUCUAACAAUUUCUGCUUCACUUUUGACAAGAAGCUUGGUGCAGCAGUUUGUGUCCUUCGUACUUUUAUUGACACUUUCUAUGUGAUUCAUAUCAUCUUUCUUUUUAUAACCGAACGCAUCGCUCCUCGUUCUCAAGUAUCCCUAAGAGGCGAGUUAGUCUUGCAUUCUAAGGCUAUACCAAAACGACGUUUCCUUUUCUACUUCAUUGUUGACAUUGUCUCUGUUCUCCCCAUUCCUCAGGUGGUGGUUCUUGCUUUCAUUCCAAGAAAGGAACGGAUUGCUGCAUCGCUAGUGACAAAGGAGAUACUGAAAUGGAUUAUGGUCUGUCAGUAUAUACCGAGAAGUAUCCGUAUCUAUCCGAUGUUCAAAGAAGUGACAAGAGCUUCUGGUACGGUAGCUCAAACUAAAUGGGUUGGAGCUGCUUUAAACCUUUUCCUUUACUUGUUGCCGAGUCAUGUGAUUGGUGCUUUCUGGUACUCGAAUGCAGUUGAGAAAAAAUACAGAUGCUGGCGUGAAGCGUGUGCUAAGGAACCCGGAUGUAAUCUCGCGAGUCUGUACUGUGCACGCAGCGGAGGCAACAGUCGUUUUCUGAACACUUCAUGUCCAUUAAUCAACCCUGAACAAAUCACAGACUCCACAGUCUUCAACUUUGGUAUGUACAUUGAUGCAUUGAAGUCUGGGGUGGUAGAGUCAAGGUAUUUUCCCAAGAAGUUCUUCUACUGCUUCUGGUGGGGUCUCCGGAAUCUAAGUGCUCUAGGCCAAAACCUGGAGACAAGUAACUCUGUAGGGGAGAUAGUGUUUGCUAUCAUCAUCUGCGUCUCUGGUUUACUCUUGUUUGCUGUUCUCAUUGGAAAUAUUCAGAAGUACUUGCAAUCAACGACUAUUAGAGUAGAUGAAAGGGAGGAGAAGAACAGAGACACAGAGAAAUGGAUGUCCUAUAGGAUGCUACCAGAGAGUCUAAAGGAACGCAUUAGGAUAUAUGAAGAUUACAAGUGGCGUGAAACCAGAGGCACAGAAGAGGAAGCUUUUCUCAGAAGCCUUCCUAAAGACCUCAGGCUUGAAACCAAACGCCACUUUUAUCUGGAGUUAUUAAAGCGUGUUCCUUGGCUUCAGAUUAUGGAUGAUGAUUGGCUACUAGAAGCACUGUGUGACAGGGUGAAGUCUGUUUUCUACUCAGCAAAUAGCUACAUUGUGCGCGAAGGCCACCCGGUUGAGGAAAUGCUGAUUGUAACAAGAGGCAAUCUGAGAAGUACAUCAGAAUCUAGUGAAUACUACUAUUCCAUCCUCAAGGCAGGUGACAUAUGUGGAGAUCUUCUCCUUUGGGUUCUUGAUCCCCGUCCUUCUCCUCGCCUUCCCACUUCAACCAGAACCGUAAUGACUCUUACAGAUGUUGAAGGCUUCACUCUCUUGCCUGAUGAUCUCAAGUUUGUAGCUUCUCAUUUCAAUCGCUUAAAUAACGAACUCAGGAACAUGUUCAGGUUCUAUUCAGAGCGUUGGCGAUUAUGGGGAGCAUGCUACAUACAAGCAGCUUGGAGGUUAUAUUCGAAAAGGAAGCUUCAUGAGACCUUAAGGGCCGAAGUAGGCGAACAACAGAUUCAACAAGACACAAAAUUUACUCUGGGAGCAACUAUUUGUGUCUCGAGAUUUGCUGCCAAAGCUUUGCGUACUUUGCGUACUCAAAAGCCAGACGACCCUGAGUUUUCAAAGCCUGAAGCAUAGUGUAAUAUAAUCGAAGGGAAAUGAUAGUAGUACUAGUUAGAAAAUGAGAAAGGUUUACUCAUCAAUCGUCAUGAAGACUCAUUGCCCUAAGCUUAAUUGUUACAAGUUAUUAAUCAUGUGAAACCUAAACAUUUUUGUAGUUAUUUUCAGCGGUUUGGGUACGUUAUUUCAAAGAUUUUUAUA